AUGGAGAACUACCAGAAGAUCGAGAAGAUUGGAGAAGGAACCUAUGGCGUUGUCUACAAGGCUCGCGAGCUCACCCAUCCCAAUCGGAUUGUCGCCCUCAAGAAGAUUCGGCUAGAGGCGGAGGAUGAAGGCGUUCCUAGCACAGCCAUCCGUGAAAUCUCCCUACUCAAAGAGAUGAGCGAUCCCAAUAUUGUGCGACUCCUGAAUAUUGUGCAUGCCGAUGGCCACAAGCUCUAUCUCGUCUUCGAAUUCCUCGAUCUCGACCUCAAGAAGUAUAUGGAGGCUCUUCCUGUCAGCGAAGGUGGACGUGGCAAAGCUCUUCCGGAAGGCUCUGCUUUGAGCAAGAACAUGGGCCUUGGCGAUGCCAUGGUCAAGAAGUUCAUGGCUCAGCUAGUGGAGGGUAUUCGUUACUGCCACAGCCACCGUAUUUUACACCGUGAUCUCAAGCCCCAGAACCUUCUGAUCGACCGCGAUGGCAAUCUUAAGCUGGCGGACUUUGGAUUGGCUAGAGCUUUCGGUGUUCCUCUGAGAACCUACACCCAUGAGGUUGUCACCCUUUGGUACCGCUCCCCUGAGAUUCUCUUGGGUGGUCGUCAGUACUCGACCGGCGUCGACAUGUGGUCCGCUGGUGCCAUUUUCGCGGAGAUGUGCACUCGCAAGCCUUUGUUCCCUGGUGAUUCGGAGAUUGAUGAGAUCUUCAAGAUCUUCCGUCUCCUUGGUACCCCAGAUGAAGCUAUCUGGCCCGGCGUCACCUCUUUCCCCGACUUCAAACCCACUUUCCCUAAAUGGAAACGUGAUGAAACCCGUGCACUCGUCCCUGACCUUGAAGAGGAUGGUCUGGACCUCCUCGAUGCUCUGCUCGAGUAUGACCCUGCACGACGUAUCUCCGCCAAACAGGCCUGCAUGCAUCCCUACUUCCGGAACGGCAGUGCCUACUACUCAGGACGUACCCGGAGGAAUGGUUUUAACUAG